ACUGUCCUUUUUGUCAACUUGAACGAGUGUUUUUCUUUUUCAUAUCAGGUCAUUGCGUCUGUGAAUCCUAAAUUCGACGCCGUCUUUUGAAUAACCACUUUUUUUGGUCGCUGGAAGCUGCUGGACCACAGUCUCGCUGUGUGUGUAACCCGGAGGAGGACGUGUUUGAGGCUUGACAGAUAUUGUUGUUGCAUCUUUACGUUCCCGCUUUGAGAAGGAACCAUGUCGGAUAUCAUUCUGGUUCUCCUGGUACUCGUUCUGCUGGUGUGUUUGCUCGUGACAGUGGGUGGCUUCGUGCUGUACUCGGGGCUACUGUGUGACGUGAUUAUAAAGACUGGGCCACCACCUGUCAAAAAUGUGACCAUUGCUUAUAAGUUCAGAGAAGGAUCAUACAAGGACUGCGGAGCAGCGUACACGGAGAGCUGCAGCAUUGGGCCGAAGCUGAGCACCGUCGGUGUCUUCUACGAUGACCCCAAACAGAGGCCAGCAGAGAAAUGUCGCUACGUGGUGGGCAGUGUCCUGUGUGAGGGUGAAGAGAAACCAGAUGAAGAACUUCAGAAGAUGUACGAGAAGUUUGGCUUCAAGGUGUUUUCUCUGCCUGAAGUGAGCCACGCUGUGACCACCAGCUUCACCUGCACCACCCCUCUGUCUCACGUGGUGGGACCUUACAGGGUCUACCCCAGGCUCGCUUCCUACAUCGAGGAGAGGAAGCUGUGUGCAUUCCCCACUAUUGAGAUCUGUAGCUCAGAUGUCAUCAACUACAUGGUUCCACUGUCUCGCCAGACAGACUUCUUUGUUCCAGAGAUGAAGGAGGAGGUUAAAACAGAUGCUAAAGAAGAGGACUCUGAUGAGGACAGAGGAACUGACAUUACAGGUGCAGACUCCCACAGUGACGUGAGCUCAGUGAGCGGCGGUGCUCCCUGGGACAGCAGAGAGACGUCCCUGGCUGCUUCCACAGCCGCCUCCCUGGCAUCGUCCCUGCCUCUGAGGGACGUAAUGGAUGCAAAUGAAGACGUUAAGCAUAGGGACAGCGAGAGAGGCUCGAACGGGUCCAUGGGCAGCGGCUCGUCCUUUGAAGAGCUUGACAUGGAUCAGCAGGAGCAGGAGGCGGGAGAAGAGAGGGAGGAGAAUGGAGAUGGAGAUGAGGCGGAGGUCCCUGAGGGUGAAGAUGCAGCUCGAGAAGCAGUUGAACUGGUGGCUGAGAAGAAGAAGCCUGUGGGGGAUGGAGAUGAGGAGGGUUGAUGCCGAAGAGAUAAGAGAUGAGGCCAUGUAACACUGGCAUGCUCAGCUGUUACUGGUUAUCUGUCAUGUAAUCUUGUUGGUGGUUCUAAAGCUCUUCAUGCCAUGACCACCAUGCGGUAUUUCUGCGCCUUUUAAUUAUUUUCUUCUACUUUUCUUAAAGCGUGUACUUUGUGUGAUACUUUUUUUUGUUUUUUAAGUUCCCGAUUCUAUAUUUACACUGUGUCCGGAUUGGACAACACACAGCCCCAUUUGGUUGAGUCUUCUUGAGUAAACCACGUUCUCUGCACAUGAGAAUGAGAGCCGAGAUUCGUUCAACUCUAUAUUUAAUUUAAAACUGAAAUCCUGUGUGAAUCUCCGCCAUUCCUGUUCAGAUUAGAGGUGACACUUCAGUUUAAGAUAUACUUUAAUAGAAGGACACUGACGCCAGAUAACUUGGAUCAUAAUAUAUCAUCAUUUUUGCCUGUGUGUGAAAGUUGAUAUUGUACCCCACUUUCAAGGUUAUGUUUGAGGAUUUUUAUGUAACGUGUUGGUGUCUUGAUAUUCCGUAAUGAUGGAGUGAAAAUGUGCAGGAGCUAAUGCCGUAGACAUUUUAUGGACCUAUUGAAGUGUGUUACUCUUUCUAAUUUUUUCUCCACUCUGAACAAUAGAGAUCCCACAGGUGGAAACUGAGGCAGAAGAAACACACAGUAAAGUAACUUCACAGUAGACUCCAAGUCGCCGAUGGAAUUCAAAAUACAAUUCAAAGGUGUAAACCUUUCCCCUUGGAUAGUGCAGUGGACAGAACGUUAUUCUCUCACUGUGCUCAGAUAAUUACUUUAUUUUUUAAUGUAAUGUUCUCCUCUCUAGUCGGUUUGUUGAACAACUCUACAGUUCUGUUUGUCGGAAAAAUUCCCUCUCUUCCAGAGCCUAGUUGUGAUAUGUUUGUAGAUUGUCGGUAAUGUGAGACAUUGGAAGUGAUACAGUGCAUUGCCAUUUUGGUGUCUUUAUAUCUGUAUUAGAGGUUUCAAAUGAAAAGUAAAGUGGACAGGAAGAAAUUGUGCUUCGAUUUUGUUGCACACAAAUAUCAUAAAAUUCUUAUUCGA